GUUGGCUUAAUUCUGUAACCGGCCCAAACUGUAUCUCUCUCCAAUUCCGUCCGCCUCACAAAGCUCCACCCUAAUUUCUCCGCUUUCCUACCGGCAUUAACUCCAUCGUCGAUGCAACGGAUUUCAUUUUUUUCAUUUGAGUUUUUCAUUUCGCUGUAUGCAAUUUAUCAUGAAUUUAAGAGGCAUUUCAGCUAUCAAAUCAAAUUUCUGUACCCGUCCAUUAAUUCUCCGUUUAAAUUGCACGCCGUCACUCCAUCGCCAGAAUCAAACACUCCCACAAAUACAGAACCAGCAGGAACAAGAACCUCCGAGUCAGAAUCAAAUCAACUCGGUUUUUUCUAUUCUCUCUAACUCAUUUCUCAACUCAACCCAAACUGAAAAACUUUUACUCCAAUUAUCUUCUCAGGAUUUUGAUUAUUGUUUUCUUGCAGUUUUAUCAAACCCUAAUAAGAAAAAUCUGGACCCAAUUACUGCUCUGGAUUUCUUUCGUUUUGCUUCUAAGAAUUGUAAUUUUCAUUUCACUGUACGUUCUUGUUGCCUUUUAAUUCGAUUGCUGCUUACUUCUAAUCGUUUAUCAUGUGCACGAUCACGUUUGAUUCGUUUGAUUGAUGGGCGGUUACCCGUUUUAUAUGAGAAUAAUUUGCAGAGGAGACAUUUUGAGAUUGGUGCGGUAAUUUCUGAUUUGGGUUUAGUUUUUGAACCGGUUGGUAAUGUUAGAUUAGUGGAUUUAUUGAUACAUGUUUAUAGUACAGAGUUUAAGCAUCUGGGUUUUGGUGUUACUGUUGAAUUGUUUAGUUUACUAGGGGAUAAGGGUUUGUUUCCGUCUCCUAAGAUUUGCAAUUUAUUGUUGAGUUCUUUAAUUAAAGAUAAUGAGAUUAAGUUGAGCUAUCGAGUGUUUGAUGUUAUGCGGAAUGGUGGUCUUACGUUGGAUGUUUACUUGUUUACUACUAUGAUUAAUGCCUUUUGUGUUGGAGGUAGAGUGGAGGAUGCGAUCGGUUUGUUUCGUGAAAUGGAAAAAACGGGCGUUGCUCCGAAUGUUAUUAGUUAUACUAAUAUUAUACAUGGGUUAUGUAAUAGUGGGAGAAUAGAGGAGGCGUUUCAGUUUAAAGAGAAGAUGGUGAAAGGGAAAGUGAAAGCAAAUCUUGUAACUUAUAGUGUUCUUCUUAAGAGUUUAAUUAAAUUGAAAAGAUUUGAUGAAGCUAAUGGUAUGCUGAAGGAAAUGUGUGACCGAGGUUUUUCGCCGAACAAAGUUGUGUAUAGCACAUUAAUCGAUGGAUAUUGUAAAGCGAAUAAAGUUGAGGAGGCUGAGAAGCUGUUCGCAGAGAUGGUUUCUAUGAAAAUAGAGCUAGAUUCCGUUGUUUACAAUACACUUAUCCGAGCUUACUGUAAAAUUGGGAAUGUGAUGGAAGCCUUUAGACUUCGGGAUGACAUGAGAAGUAGAGGCAUUCCACAAACAUUUGUUACGUAUUCUUCUCUUAUACAUGGAUCUUCUAACAGUGGCUUUGUUGACCGUGCAAAUGAACUUCUUGAUGAAAUGCGAAAGGAGGGAUUGUUACCGAAUGUUUUUUGCUAUACCGCCCUUAUUGGUGGUUACUGUAAGCUAGGGCAGAUGCAUGAAGUCGAGAAUGUUCUGAACGAAAUGUCUUUGAACAGUGUAUCUCCUAAUAAAAUUACCUACACUGUAAUGAUAAUGGGAUAUUGCAAAUUGGGAAACAUGAAAGAAGCAGUUAAGCUUCUGAAUGAGAUGAAUCAAAAAGGAAUUGUCCCGGAUGAUAUAACUUAUGAUGUCAUCAAAACUGGGUUUCUCAAAGAAGGUGAAAUAAGCUUUUCAAGUUCAUGAUUUAUGUCUGCCAAGAAACUUUUGCAGCAAGUUACCUCUCGUAUAGUGCACGUAAAGAGGUUGAUUCUCUGUGAAGCCUCUUGUUUUUCUUAUUGAUUUAUUGUUGCAAAAUACAUAGUUUAUUUCAUACGAGCAACAUGAGCUCGUGUCUACGAAACAGGGAGGUUUAUUUAUAGAGCAAGGUAAAAAUUAAGUAUUCAUCUGCCGAGUAAACCAUACCACUGUACCACCCAAGGCUUCAGUUCCGUUGAUUUCAAGGUCUACUCUCUAACGUCAAGAAUUGACAAGUCGACAUGAUAAGAUAAUAGACAUGCCUUGCAGGGAAAGAUGGCACCGACCACAGGUCUAUGGACUCUUGAAGAACUGCACUUUUGCUGAGUUCGUCUUGACUAGGUGAACAAAUUCGACAGACAAUUUUAUGUUUAUCUUCUUUACUCAUAUUAAUUUUUCCACCAUUCAAAUUUUCGCCAUCGCGGGCAUUGUUUUGUGUACAUGAAAGAAGGGGGUAGCAUUAAUUCCACAAAUGAAGCCGGUGCUUUACUCGCUUAGGUACAUAGAUUUUUCUCUGAGUUUCAGAGCUGCCCUUGGAUACAUAUAGAGUCUUAGCUUCUGGCGGUACUCUUUGAGUCAUCAAAUAAUUGUACAUCCAUCAGAUUAUUUCCUUAUGAAACACUUGAUUCUGGUAGAAAUGGAAUUAUUCUAAAAUUGUUUCAUCCACUUAAAAUUA